AUGUGCCUCUCCAGCCACCGCGACCACCAUGUCCUCCAGAUACGACGGUCCUCAAGGUACGGCGAGGUGAUCCGGGUGGCGCAGUUGGACGAGGUUGCAGACAUGUCCCUGGUGCAGCCAUACGUGGUCAACCAUGAGAGGGUGGUCUACCUCAACCCAAGGUCGCAGGCGCCACAGCAUGCCGUCAAGUGCUUCAGGCCCGCCGGCGAAUGCCUGGUGUGCGACCGGAAACUCGUCGAGCCAAUCUUCCAUUUCUGCUCCAUCUCCUGCAAGCUUCAUGCAAUGGUGUCUGAUCCCAACUUGACAUUCAUUCUUGAUCCGGAAUGCAAGUGGGAAUACACAAACUUACACGAAGAAGAAGAAGAAGGCGGCGAUGUACCUGGGCCUAGCAACUUUCUGCUGAUUGGAGGGACAAGCUACCACCGCCAGCCUCGGAAGAGCGUCUGUGGCCCCCCUCAACGGGCACCCUUCUAUUGA